AUGGAUUUGGAAGGAAUUGAUAUCAAAGCUAUUGGCCUCAGCAUUCUUGUUCUCAAUUCAGUGUCGUGCUCGGUAUAUAUGAAAAUUAAUACUCCGAGUCUCGUGGAGUUUGGAUUUUGUUCUGAUGGUGGUCUUGUCCAAAAAAGCACGCAAAUCCAUUCCAGGAUCAUAGAUUUUCUUGAGCGUUGCUGUGGCCUCUUGCAGCAGCAAAACCCUAAUAAUGGUUUUGUGAAGUGCUCCAAUCCAUUUGGGCAGUUGCAUGCUCUAUCUAUCAGUUUAGCUUUGGACAGUCAAAUGGAACAACACAUCUUAGAUCACAUCUUCAGACUAUGCACCCAUUUGCAGAGACUCGGUAUCAGUAUUCCACCCAAAAAUUUGGGGCCUUCCGACUGGGAGUUACCAUAUCCUACUUCAAUGUUCUGGGAGAAAAGGGAGCUGCAUGAUAGCAUCACACAUAGCCUGAAGUUGGUGAAGAUAAAAGGAUUCUGUGGGAAAAAGGAGGAGAUCAUUUUUGCUAAACAUCUCUUAAGAAAGGCUCCCAUGCUGAGGAGAUUUGUGAUUGAAUGUGACGAGAACUGCUCAGAGAUAGGAGCAAGGGAAACUUUAGGCUUACCACUCGAGCCAAGGGCCUCCAUCAGUCUCUCUAUAGUCUUGAAGCCGCAGGCCAGUGCUGCCGGUUGUGCUACUGUGUGA